CUUCACUUGACUACCAAUCUACUCCCCUCCAUAGCAAUUUUGGAUUACAGAAAUACCGACUCUCAGGAUUAAAAUGUAAGCAAAUUAUACCCGCCAUGGACAAUAUGCAAAUGGAGAACGACGGCAUCGAAAAUACGGUUUCCAUGGGUUCCGAAGAAGGCUACCAGGCGGUUGCCACCUCCACAGAAUCACCUCAGCCCUCGAGAUCACGACGUCGAGCAGAUGCGCGACGCUACAAUUUUGCAUGCAGCAAUUGCAAGUCUCGAAAAACCAAAUGUAGUGGGGAACAGCCCUCAUGCAGCGCAUGCCGUCGGUCGGGAAUAGAAUGCACGUGGCCAAAUCCUCCAGCAAAUGCUCAAUUACAGCAAGCAAACACACGUAUACAAGAACUUGAGAGGGCCCUUCAAGAAAGAUCUGCUCCAGCAUCAGGCAAUUUGGCAUCUACUUCUGAUGGUUCUGGGCUUUCGCCAACGAAUGACGUUCUCUCUCCAGCCAGCAGAGCAGCCCAGGCUUCGGGCGCUUCCCUCUGGUCUCAGGUGGGAGUUGGCGAUGAUGGCACUGUGACCUACAACGGUCCAACAAGUCGUUUCCAUGUCGGUCCACUAGAGGAGAGUGCGGUCAAUAGCCUGCAGCAGCGCUUCGUGCGUCCUCAAACACCACCAGCUCUAUCACAAGCAAGACGGGCAAGUCACAUUGAGGCGUUGCAAUCUCAAUAUCGUCUCCUCGACAGUGUCUAUCCUUCGCUGGUCGAGAGUAGUCCGCAACUCAAGGACCUUGGCCUGGAUGGAGAUACGUGUAUAGCAUUGUUGGACAUUUACUGGACAUGGCUUCAGCCACUACACAAUUGUGUCUACCGCCCAAAUUUUUUGAUUGAUAUGGCCUUUGGAGGUCCCGGUUAUUCGGAUUUUCUACUUCUAACCAUCUUCUCACUCUCGGCCAGACAUCUCUCUGAACAGGACCAGAAGUUCAAAGAGAUAGGCAAAGGAGAGCGAUUUUUGGCACGAGCUAGAGAAAUCCUAAUUGUUGAAAUGACAGCUACAAAGCCGCGCAUCCCCACGAUACAAGGCCUACUUAUCUUAGGAGGCCGACAAUGCGCCAUGGGGCUAAGCUCUGAAGGCUGGCUGUAUACCGGAAUGGCGCUGCGAAUGUUAGAAGAUAUUGGCCUUCAUUUACAUAUGGACGAUUCCAAACUUGUUGAACUUGAACAUCUCACGCCCAUCGAACUUGAGACUCGCAAGCGGCUAUACAAUUCAGCGUUCAUAUGGGACAAGACCAUCAGCCUCGCUCUUGGUCGUUCUCCUUCGCUAACGAGAAAACCGCACCCGCCCGAGAACAUACUGGAUCACUGCGACGACUUACAGGAGUGGAAACCAUCGCACACUCCCGAGUUAGAAGAUCCUUAUGUACCAGAACUCUCCUACAACACCUCGACGUUCUGCGCGCAUAGCCAACUUCACGAGAUCACAACCGAGAUGAUGCUGCUUUUCUCCAACACAUCCAGUGUGGCCAGCUAUACCUCGGAUAUCAAGACACUAGAUGCAAAAUUCACCAAUUGGUAUGCCAAUCUCUCGCCACAAUUGCGGAUAGAGGAUACCGCGAGCCUCACACAAAGCCCACCACCACAUAUUGUGUCACUGAACGUUCUCUACCACGCCGUCCGAAUUCUCCUCUAUCGCCCGGCGCUUUCGUCCCCCGGUCUUCUUGAUGCAUCUUCUGCAAUGGAGAUAUGCAUCUUUCACGCGAGAAGCAUUCACGACAUGUUCUCUAUAUACGGGAAAACGUUCCUAUACCGGCUGAUGACGUAUCAGAUCAGCUAUUGCAUCUUCACUGCUGCGACGGUCGAGGCGUACGUAAUGAAGGCUGCGAGCUUAGAUGUUGCCAACGAAGCUGCCCAGCGCCUCAGUGCCGCCAUGCGAGUCCUCCGUCACGAGACCAGACACACUCCAGGCAUAAGCCGAAGUCUCGACACCAUUCGGCGACGUCUAGCCAUGUGGAAACCGAACGGUUCUUCCAUCGGCCGGCCUAGAGAUCUGGAGGAACGAACCCCACUGACAAGUGUAACUCUCGCAUCUAAUGUUAGCCCAUCGGUCGAGCGGCAAAAUGGAGAAGGAAGGGUUGAUCAUCAGGCUCAUCAUCCGAGCGAUGAUGGAAACGGAACAGGGACGUUUCUUCAGUCGGACCAUCAGGAUCAGGCCGCCGGAGUCAUUCGCCAAACCUUCCACCACCCUGCUGUCCCAGGAGGAGGCGAACCGAACGAAGACAAUUUCCAGGGCGACCCCGGUUUUGCUAACCUCAAUUUUGGAGUCAUUGACACCGGUGCCGGGUUCCAUCCAGACGCUUUUCCGUGGAGUCUGUCCGAUUUGAUGAAUUUGGAGAAUGGCGGGGACCCCGCGUGGAGUUAUAUGCGGGCAUAGUUACAUGACCCUCUACCCCCUACAAUAGUAGAAGCAUAUGAUAGAAAAAUGAAUCGUGAUACCAAGCAACUCAUGGAGAGAAACAAAAGGUAGUGAAGCACCG